AAUGUAGUUGCGGUCAACCCACACUAGUCCCGAUCGGGCCCCCAAUGUUUUGGCAGGAAAUCCAAAUCGCCAAAUCCUGCUGAAGAAAACUAUCUUCGUCUCUCUUCCUGCUAGUAUUUCCCCUCAUUCCUGACUUGGAUCUUCCAACUAUUGAAAACCCCCCGCGGGUGUCAUCAUGCUUGCAGAUCUUGGUCCCCGGACGCAAUGCCAUAAGUCAUCCUGCCCGAUCCCGCAACUAUGACCUCCGAUAAACAAACCCCCCCUCUCGCCAAACCCUUCACGCCAACCCUCAGUGCCGCCUUUCAUCGAUCCACCAAAGCCUCCUUGACGCCCUUGACUCCGAAAUUAGCCUCUCCGGGGGGCUAUCGAACUCCCAAACGCUUGAUCCCCUCCGAACAAUACCCCUCAUCCGCCCCCUCCAGACAGGAGACGGACCCGGCCUUCCUGAAUGCCAAUAUCACCCCGCGAUCGGGCUCGCGGGCUAGUAGGCGCGAUGGUGGUUCCUCGCCGGGAUAUAAUCCCUCUGGGCGACCGUUCUCGCCGCAGCCCUCGUUGGCAAACUCGACCAUAUCUCAUGCCUCCAAUCCGGGGUAUCGAGCAGAUAGGAGUCCGGUGCGGGCGGCCGGUCGACUGGAACCCGCAAGGACAGGCAGGGCCAAGACGCUGACGGCGGACUCGCAACAAAAUUCGCGACCAAGCUCAGUGUCGGAGCAUUCGUCUCCCCGGUUCUUCCAUGCCUCGGACGCGCGAUCGACGCACCCCGCCGAGGUCGAGCCGCGGCCCCGGGUACCCCCCAAACCGGCCUCCCCCGCCACGUUUAUAUAUGCCAACGGUAAACAGGAGCGUCCGUCGGGGGAGGAACAGGCGUCAACCUUACCCGUGGUGAAACGGCGCUCGAUUUCCACGGGCCAGUCGCGUUCCGUGGUGAAUGGACCACCGCCGUGCCCCUCCCCCCGACUGCGUUCCCCCCAGCUGGAGUCGAACCUGCGACUGUCCGACAGCUUUACCUCGCAAACCAGCUCGCAUGAUGAGUGUGACCCGGUGGGGCCGAUGCAAGGGCCCCCCUUAAGCCAUCUGGCUCGACCUCACCCCAUCAGACAUUUGAAAUCGUCCAGCUUGGACUCGGGCACGAGUGGUACUUCCCCGCGGGAGGGCCUGCGCCCCAGCCCCAUCAUCGUGUCGCCAUCGAAUCCCCGCGUCGACACGGACGCCCUGGCGUCGGAGCCCCUGCCCGGAGGGCGACCUCGGAUCUUGAGUAAUGGAUCCACAGCCUCGGUCGACACCCAUGCGUCGCCACAAAGCCCCCAGAAGUCGGACAGCAGUGGGCCGAACGACGCGGUGGGCAACGCCCGAAUCGGACGGAAGAUCAUGGACCUGGAGAUCAGCAACUCCUCGCUCCUGGCCAUCAACCGGACGCUGGAGCGCGAAAUGCGCAAGCAGCAUGCGGAGCUACGACGCUACCGCCGUCUCAGCCGCUCAGGCCGUCUCUCCAUGGCGCCGUCGACGCGCUCGGUGUCGGGGGCUUCUCUGGGGGUCAUGGCCGAGGUGGACGAGGGCAGCGAGCUGUCCUCCGUCCGGUCUCCAGACGACCUCUCCGAGUCUAGCGACGAGGAGUCUAUGCCGGAUGAAGGCGUGAUGAGCCCGGGCUCCUUGGCGGACCACGACGCGCGACACCGCCCUCAAGACGAAAAACACUUCUUUGUCGAUCUAGCGAAGCACCAAGAGCUGCUGGGCGACAGUCAGAAGAUGAACCAAAGCCUGAAGCGGUGUCUGGGGUGGACGGAAGAUCUGAUCAAGGAGGGCAAGAGAGCCCUCGAAUAUAGCGUGCACGUCAACGACGUCAAGCUGGGAGGGAGAGUCCUCUCGCCUGAAGAACUGUACGAGGUUGGGGAAGGUGCGCAGGGACUGCUGAGCCCGUCCAACGCCGACGAACCGACCAUUUCCGAUACGGAAUCAUUUGACGAUCACGACGAGGCUUGAUACGCAUUAUUAUUCUAUUGUCGUCUCGUCUGCCUUCAACGCAACCACCUACCCAUACAUUCACACCACCUACCCACACCUACAUACGCACACACGCCUAUCUCUUUUGUUACAAUCUCCCCGGUAUCGCCCGGCUCACUCGUUCUCCCCAGAGCCUAUCAUUACGACCCGCUACCACGGCAGGCCUGGUCGGGAUCAAUCCGACGGAGCUAACUUUUUGCACUCCUUUCCAUUUCCGACUUAAUGUGUGACCCGCUGCAAUAGACGUGGCUCAGUCAACUAAUCUAUACCAUGGCACCUCUACCUGCUAGAUACCCUUUCCGCAACUCCUGUUUUGAUAUAGCCAUAGCCAUUGCCAUACCCAUUACCAUGUGUGACGAUAUGUUUAAUACCACGGAUUUGAA